AUGCCAUCCCCACUAUACGCUCUAGUCGAGGGCCGCGACCUUACCCCCAGGCGCAUCGACGACCCCGUGGCAGCUGGCCUCACAGAUUGGUUCGGAAAGUACCUUGCUGAGCACGAAAAAGCCCAGUACCCUAUCACCCUCAGAAGUCUCCUUACCGACACUAUUCCUCACAAGACUUGGGUUCCGUUCGCCAUCGGCGAUGGAACCUACCUCAAUUAUAAGCCCGAGAAUGCACACAUCCCUCGAGAUUUGAGAUUUGUGGUUGUGGCUACACCAACGAGUCCGUCCACCACUAACCCACGGGGGUGGCCUGCGGAUGCUAUCGUGGCGGACGUUAACCAUGUUCAGCCGGAGGCCUUUAAGAAAAAUAUGCCGACGUUGUUCGUAGUUGGGAGUCCUGCGUUCGACAGUGAGGAGGCCUUCCUCCAGAUAGCAAGUUGGGAGCCGACCUCCGGGAGCUUGAAAUUUUAUCAGGUUUAAAUCCUUUUCGCCACCCCCCCUUGUUAAUUACUCAACCCACGCUAAAACCGCCGUGCUUGCGUACAGCGCGAUGUGAAAUUUUCCAAACAGUCUCCGGAAUACCCCAGCUGGUUAUACCUAGGCUCCUCUAGUGAUGCGUUCGAGCCAGACACACGAGGAAAGGGGCCAUUCGACGGACAUGUCAAUGGGACCCUUGUCAUGAAGGAGCUCGCCUUCCCAUGGGUCCAUUGGCAUAGCAUGAAGUUCAAUAUCUCCCAGACAUUCCCACCAGAUUCACCUCUCCGUACCGAACCAUUACUCCACCCUUCGGAUAAUCUCAACAGCUUUGACUUUCUUGCCGGAGCAGAACGUUUGGAGGUAAUUGUUAAGAAGGCAGCAGACAAAUGGUAAUUUCCUCGCAAUGGAAAAUCUAAAGCUUAUUUUAACGUAGAAUUUCUCACAGGUUUACUGCACGGAUGCGGAAGGACUUUGGUCCUAUCAAUACGCCUGAACCAACAAUCACCCAUGUCCGGGACUGGAUCCAGCACAUCCUCGAUACCACCACUAUAAAUAUUAGCGCAGCAGGUGUCAAUUCAGAGGUAGUCAUUGCAGACGAAGGUGACUUCUGGACACCAACGGGGAUGUUCUAUGAUUCCCAGGCCCUGGAGGAUGUCGUUAAAUCUCUUGGCACGACUGGUUUUGAGGUAUGUUGCACUGCUCCCCUUUGGUGCGUCAGUAGCUUGGGAAAAGCGCGCUGAUAUUACCACGAGCAGAUACCCAAAUUGGGCCCCGUUUCGUCUAAAUUCUAUAACGCUACUAUUCGCAGUAGUAACUUCGCGCUAAAGACGCUCGCUAGUUGGACGCCGGAGGUCGUGGCGUUUGAUCACGAAGGGCAGGUACGUAAUACAGGUGCUGCACAUCCAUGUCUACAUGACUAGUAAAGCUUACGAUUAUUGCAGUCUCCAUGGACGAUUUUAGUUCCAAGCAUAGAAGAUUACCAGGGCUAUAUUAGUAUCAGGGAUUCGGGCUUAUUGAAUCAUAAAACACUGGCUUCACUAUUGAUGGUAGACUUUUAGUAAGUCAUUCUCCGUCACUCGAGAUUCCCAACACUAACAUAAUAUUGUGAAAUAGCAACCCGGUCUAUUCCUGGCGUAAGCAUCAGUUGAUGCGACAUAUUCCCUCGACAACGAAGCGCGUUGAUGAUGGCUAUACUCUCAGCGAGGACCUACGCCUAGCAAUCAGCCUAACACAGGAAGCACAAAUCCCAGGAACCCCAGAACACGAGUUCAUGCAAAACAUCAGUCUCCCAGACGAUAAAUACGACAACAUCUUCGCGCAGCGAGUGAUCGAAUACAUAAACAAGAUCAAAGAAAAGAUCGCUACCCAGGCAGGUGUAGACCAGUACAUGUUGCUCUCAGAGUCCCGCCGUAGGAUAUUCAGACCGCACCCGCAAAGCACUGGUGGAGAGACCAACCCUCUCUCCGAGUUUCCAAUGACGCUGCCGUACGCUACUGGCUUACCGCCAAACCUCCCGUUCCAGGAAAUGACUGAGCAAGGUGAAGUCGUCGUCAUGCAUGAGAAAGGCCAAUCACUAUACAAUAGCAAGAUCCUCCAGAGACACGAAGAUAGGCUGCAGAGAUUCGCGAACGUUCAGAGCCCGUGCGGUGCUUUCAGAACUUCCAUGUGCCCGUUCGCAGGAUAUCACAUGCCGAUUCUCAACGGUAUCAAGGAUAACGAACCGGGGACCUCCGAAUUAUGGGAGGAUCCCAAUAAUCCCAUUGGCGCCCCGGGAAAUGCCAAAUGGGCUGGUGCAGAGCCGCUUGAAGGGCUCGUUGCUUACUCAGGCGGAUAUAGCGACUCUACCACGGUUACUCCGGAGGCCAAGAUCGCGGAGCUUCAGAAGUUGGCUACGAGAGUCGAGGGACCUGAAGCUGGGAAGCCGACAUGGGACGAUCAUAUCGCUGGGCUGUUCACCAAACCUUUCUGGAUCCCCGAGGGUGCGAAACGGGAUAAAGCCACUGCACGUUGGAUCCGGGCUAUGAAAGAGGGGUACACGAUUGAUCUCGAGAGUUAUGAAUCUGUGAAGCAGUGGGCUGUUACUACCUACUAUCACCUCCGCGGCAGGACCAUGCCUCUUCCGGGAGAGCUUGGAGAGCAAGAGUACUUCCCUAAAGAGGCCUGCGAGUCGAUCCGCUUGUGGAUCAACCAGGGUAUGCGGAAGACCACAAACGACGAGGUUGAGCUCAGGGAGGAAGAAAUUGAAGAUAUCGAUGAACCGGAAUGGGAGAUCCCGAAGGUCCGGAGGGAUAUACUUGAACUCACUCAGGAUGAGUUGGAUUACUAUCGAAUGCAGCUUGAUGAUGUCCUCCGUGCCGGCGACCCGGACCGUAGCUCUCCGUGGCAGAAACUGGGAAGUAUCCACACGGAAUGGUGCCUCCAUUACCAAGAAGCCUUCUUACCCUGGCAUAGGGCACAUCUCCUGUUUGUCUUCCCCCAUCCCACAUGAAUUGAAUGAAAAGGGUUAUAUUAACAGAUGUACAGAUACAUGGAAAGCUUGAUAGGCUGUCCCAUCCCAUACUGGAAUUUCUUCGCAGAAGGUGCAGGCGAGUACGGCAACCCAAGCGCAGGCAUCCCUCAAGCCUUCCUUGAUGAGGAGUACAAGCACCCUCCCACAGGUCAAAUGCGCCCGAAUCCUCUAAAAUAUGCAUGUGCAAACGGGGGCACGUCCAAAGCCGCCAUGUCCCCGGGCUACCGUGGCGAGUUCAAAGACACAAAAUCGAAGAUAUACGUCCAACGCGACCCGCUCCUGACCGGUGGGGGUACCGAGGAAGAGCGCCGCGAGAAGAUAGCACAGGUCAAGCUCUACCAAGACCAGAUCCAAAACGCCCUCACUUGGCCCAUAUUCUCGCAACCGCAAGGACUGUACGGCUACCCAUGGGCAAACAUCCAAUCCUUCGACCCCCUACCCGGCGACGACCAAUACCCCAACCGUGAAGACUUCGAUGGGCUCUUCGAGCAACCGCAUGAUAACUUCCAGGGGUGGAUCGGCCCGGAUAUGGCGGACAACUCGUACACCGCUUUCGACCCGAUCUUCUGGUCGUACCACGCGAACGUGGACCGCAUCUUCGAACAGUACAUCCGCGAUCAUCAGGAUGCUACCUUCUCUUCCAUAUUCCCCCUACAGCCAUUCGCCGGUGCCCGUGCGGACAGAAUAAGCCUUGGAGACCCGCGCAGGCACAUAUACACCACCAUCGGGGACAUGGUCAAGACCAGUUUGGCGCUGGGGUACUCCAUCGCCCCACCCGUACACCAGGACUGCCCGCCGCGGCCGGUGACCUACGGGCGCGAGGGCCCUACCGCUGGCUCGAAAACUCCAUACGUACUGUUCGAGGGCGUGAAGUGCACGACCGAAACAUACACUAUCGACGUGUAUAUCGACUGCCCGACGACCAGUCGGCAGGCGUCAGCUUCGAAUAAGCAUUAUGUUGGAAGACUAACGCGCAUAGGGAUGGGUGCCAGCGCCAGUAAAGGCCGGUGCGUAAAGAAGGGGGUCACAAGAGUGCUGAACGCUGCUGGGGCAGCAGAGCGUUUAGCUAUUAGGGAUGAUGCAGAACCGGUGCUUUCGCAGGUGGUUAUUGAUAUCAAGACUGGUGAGGCAGUGGCGGAGGAGGUGUACAAGGAAUGGGAUGGGUUUGUCGGAAAGCUGGUUUGGGGGACGGCGAUGCCGCAGGGGAAAGGUAGCGGGGUCGAGAAGCCGAGGGGGUAG